UGAACUCUCACACAAACUUUGCACAGAAAACUGCUGAAGUCAACCACGUGGUAGAAGAAUGGGAAGGGAGAAAUUCCCAUGUGAUGGUCACACAACAGAAUAUCUCAGAGCCAGUUGGGACAGAACAAGACACAACAUUAGCAAGAGUGAAAGAAGAAACUGAUGAACAGGAAGGAGAAUUGCCAACAAAACUGCAAGAACAAUGGGACCAUGUCCAGAACUAUCAUUAUCAAGAUGAAGAUACAUCACCACAUGAAUAUAGCUUACCACAGCUAACAAAUGAAGUCAAAGGCCCUGAGCUUGUUCAUGUGUCUGAGAAGAAUUUAUCGCAGGUUGAGAAUAUCCUUGGAUAUGUGUCACAUGCUCACAUUUCUCCAUUAAAGGUUUGUCCCUGUGAUGUCCAAGCCCAGCUGCUUGACUUGACUGACAUGGAAGAACAGCCAUGUGAUCUGGAGCUUGAAGAUGCUGUGAACUUUAAAGAAGGCACAGAAUCCCAUCAGGCGAGCCCUGCCCCCAUGAUUAUAAACACAGAAACACUGGAGACAGUCCCAUAUGUUAAUGGGACAGAAAUAGAAUAUGAAUUUGAAGAAAUCACAUUGGAACGGGGUAAUUCUGGCCUGGGAUUCAGUAUAGCUGGAGGCACAGACAAUCCUCAUAUUGGAGAUGAUCCUGGGAUAUUUAUUACGAAAAUUAUCCCUGGGGGAGCAGCAGCUGAAGAUGGACGGCUAAGAGUCAAUGACUGCAUUUUACGGGUGAAUGAAUUUGAUGUAUCUGAAGUGUCACACAGUAGAGCUGUAGAAGCCUUGAAAGAAGCUGGUUCAAUUGUACGACUGUAUGUGCGUAGACGAAGGCCUAUUUUGGAGACUAUUACAGAAAUAAAGCUCAUAAAAGGACCCAAAGGAUUGGGAUUCAGUAUUGCUGGUGGUGUGGGUAAUCAACAUAUUCCAGGAGAUAAUAGUAUAUAUGUUACAAAAAUAAUUGAUGGAGGAGCUGCGCAGAGAGAUGGAACAUUACAAAUUGGGGAUCGACUGCUUAUGGUAAAUAACUACAGCUUGGAAGAAAUAGCACAUGAAGAAGCUGUAGCGGUGCUGAAACACACAGCAGAUGUGGUAUAUCUUAAGGUUGCAAAACCUGCUACUGUUUACAUAAACGACCCUUAUGGACCUCCUGAUAUCACACACUCUUAUUCCCCUCCAAUGGAGAAUCACAUCCUUCCCUCAGUUGGGAAUAAUGAUAUGCUGGAUUACAAAUCCUCGCUUCCACAGAUUACAUCAGGAAGAUAUUCUCCUCUUCCAAAACACAUACUUGGUGAAGAUGAUGAUAUCAGGGAACCAAGAAAAUUUGUGCUGCACAGAGGAUCUGGUGGAUUAGGCUUUAACAUUGUUGGGGGUGAAGAUGGUGAAGGAAUAUUUAUUUCGUUUAUCCUGGCAGGUGGACCAGCAGAUCUUAGUGGAGAGCUGCGAAGAGGUGACCAAAUUCUAUCAGUAAAUGGCAUAGAUCUGCGUGCUGCAACACAUGAGCAGGCUGCACUGGCUCUAAAAGGAGCAGGCCAGACUGUGACUAUGGUUGCUCAGUACAGACCUGAAGAGUACAGCCGGUUUGAGGCAAAAAUCCAUGACUUACGGGAACAGAUGAUGAAUCAGAGCAUGAGUUCGGGGUCUGGUUCCCUAAGAACUAAUCAGAAACGAUCAUUGUAUGUAAGAGCUCUAUUUGACUAUGACAAAGCCAAGGACAGUGGUCUUCCAAGUCAAGGUCUCAGCUUCAAAUAUGGAGAUAUUUUACAUGUUAUCAACGCCUCUGAUGAUGAAUGGUGGCAAGCACGAAUGGUUACACCUGAAGGAGACAGUGAAGAGAUGGGUGUUAUACCAAGCAAAAGAAGAGUUGAAAGGAAAGAACGAUCUAGACUUAAGACUGUAAAGUUCAAUGCCAAUCCUGGAGUGAUUGAUGCCAAAGGGUCAUUCAAUGACAAGCGUAAAAAGAACCUCAUCUUUUCACGAAAAUUCCCAUUCUACAAGAACAAGGACCACACUGAGCAGGAUACCAGUGAUCCAGAACAGCAUGUUACUUCUAAUGCCAGCGAUAGUGAAAGUAGCUACAGGAGCCCAGAGGACUGCAUUCUUUCAUAUGAACCAGUUAUACAGCAAGAGAUUAAUUACAGUAGACCUGUCAUUAUUCUGGGCCCAAUGAAAGACCGAGUUAACGAUGAUCUGAUAUCAGAAUUCCCAGACAAAUUUGGCUCUUGUGUACCACAUACCACAAGACCAAAACGCGAUUAUGAAAUGGAUGGACGAGACUAUCACUUUGUUACCUGUAGAGAUCAGAUGGAGAAGGACAUCCAGGAGCACAAAUUUAUUGAAGCAGGACAAUACAAUGAUAAUCUAUAUGGAACUAGUGUCCAAUCUGUAAAAUAUGUAGCAGAACGGGGCAAGCAUUGCAUACUUGAUGUUUCAGGAAAUGCUAUAAAACGGUUACAAAUUGCUCAACUUUAUCCCAUUGCUAUUUUUAUCAAACCCAUGUCUGUGGAAUCAUUACUGGAAAUUAAUAAACGCUUAACAGAAGAGCAAGGCAGAAAGACAUUUGAUAGAGCUCUGAAGCUGGAACAGGAAUUUGGAGAACAUUUUACAGCAAUAGUACAAGGAGAAACCUUGGAAUCGAUUUACAACCAAUGCAAACUAGCAAUUGAAGAACAGUCUGGUCCAUACAUUUGGGUUCCUUCAAAAGAAAAAUUGUGAAUCAACCAUAGAUGUGAGACUGAUAAGAAUUUAUGUUCAGAUAGUGAUAUUUAAUUUAUUUUUAAGUACAUUUUUCAUCUGUAUCCAUUGCACAUAAUCAUGAAUACACUUUAAAUUAGAAGCUCAGCAGGAUUUUUCUGCCCAGAACAGGCCUAUUUUCAAGGGGAGGGGAUGCCAAAACAACCAGGACAAGAUUUGAAAAAGACAAAAAGGCUUUUGGGAGACUGUGGAGAAUCCAACAAUAUUUGUAUAUCCAAACCACUUAUGCAUCGAAAACAGUUCUUGAAGAAAGUGUUUUAGCCCUUAUUGUAAUCAAGUGAACAAAGCAGGGACUCCUGUACUUAGUUUAUUCUCUAACUGGGCAGUGCCCAGCAUUACAUAU